AUGGCCGAGCCCCAGACGCCGGUGCCCGAGGCGGUCCGCGCCAAGGGCGUGGAGGACGGCGUUGUCGACGACGAGCUCCUGGGACGCCUCGUCGCCGUGGUGCAGGGCGGCGCGCCGCCGACACAGCAGGACGCCGUGGUGCAGGGUGCGACCCAGGCCGCGACCGCGCUGCCAGGUACCCAAGAUAAAAAAGCCGGGGAGGGCGGUGGCUACAUCAACAUGGAUGCAGGAGGCACACCACAACAGCUCCUGAAGGGAUUUAAUCCUCUUCUGGUACUGACAGAAGGACUUGGACUACUGUUGGUGGCCCUAGUAGCUGUCUGGUGUGGACAGAAAGGUUUCGGCUGGAGGGCAUACCCAAGUCUGGAAUUUAACUGGCACCCUCUUCUUAUGGUGAUAGCACUUAUCUUCUUGAAUGGCAACGCCAUUUUAACUUUCCGGGUACUGCGCAACAACCGGAAGGUACUUUUGAAGUACAUCCACGGAGGUAUCCAGUGCCUCACUCUUCCACUGAUUAUCAUUGGACUUGUUGCUGUGUUUGACUCGCACAACUUCAAUGUGCCCCCCACACCAAACCUGUACACUCUUCACAGUUGGAUUGGACUUGGUGCUGUCAUUUUGUUUUUCUCACAGUAUGUUGUGGGUCUCACUGCCUUCCUCUUCCCUGGGCUCAGUGCAGAAUACAGAUCCAUCAUUCUGCCCUAUCAUGUUUUUAACGGUGUAGCAAUUUUUGCACUUUCUGUUGGGGCCUCCUUGAUUGGAUUGAAUGAAAAAGCAUUCUUUGCCCUCCCGAAUUAUGGACAACUACCAGGCGAAGCAGUACUGAUCAACAUGAUUGGGGUGGUCAUGGUUUUGUUUGCUCUACUUGUUGGUCUCCUUGUUACAAAAGCUGAAUUUAAACGAACUCCUCUUCCUGAAGAUGGUUCACCUCUUCUGGCAAGCUCUCGACAGUAGUACAAAGCCCAUGACCAUCAUUUCCUAUUGACUGGAAGGAAGGAAGGAAGGAUGGGGCUGCUUAGUAGCAUUACCUUCUUUUGCAUAAAAUGGAAGUCACUACCCAGAGUUUUACCUAGAAAUAAGCUUUUAGCCCUUCCAGGCUUUUAUCCUGUAACUGUAAGACUUCAUGUUAAAUAUAUCAAGUUGGAAAUAAGGAGAGUCGUUGAAGACUAUGUUCAGUGGAACUGAUUUGGUGCUUUAUGGAGUAGAUUUGAUAAGUCCCUGCUAGUGGUGGAUAAAAUUUACUAGGGGACCAUCGAGUCAUACAUCAUACUUUUUAGUGUUUUCCUAUUUUAUAACUUUUUUGUUUGGUGUCUUUUCUGCUGUUGUUAUAUUUAAUUAUAUUUAAGUCCCUAUGAUUUAAUUUGUGGUGCUUUGAUGUCUGUGCCUAAAAUAUGGUAUUAAUUAUUAUUACCCUAUAAUGUGUAUCAUUAAAUAUAUGUACUUUGAUCUUCAUUAACCUUUGAAUGAAUGAGGAAAAAAUGUCGAAAAAACAGCAUACUGCAUACUUAAAACCAUAAAAUCAUUGUGAUACAUUAAACAUGAACAUUUUAA